AUGCCUCGCGCAGGGAGCCGAAGGGCAGUGUGUCUGUGUUUCCUCAUGUCCGGCCUGCGACUCAACAAGAUAUCAGCAAGGAAGGUCUGUGAUGGUACGGAGGUACGGCUCAGCCUUGGUUUAGCCCUGGCAGGUGGCUUGCACCAAGAGCUGCCCUUUGCUGGACGCAGUUUCUCGCAGCAGGCCGAAGACCAAGGAUGUGAUGGAGGCAAUAGUGACGAUGGUCGACAAAGAUUGAAAGCAAACGGAUCUACUCGCUACGAGUCUGCCUGGUCGAUCUGUGCCAAUGGGAUGGCCUUGCACAGCUCGUUCCACUGGCCGCGUGUCAAUGAAACUCCUGGCCACUCAAGUCAUCAGAUGCCAGCCUCCAUUGUAGCCCAUGAAUUUGUCAAACACCUCCCCAAUCAUUCAAAACCGACCCUUCUUGUCUAA